CUCGAAGAAGCCCUGGCGCGCCCUCCCCCCCUCCCGGGUCUGGUAGGGCGAAGGAACGGGCGUGCGGUCGAUCGAGCGAUCGGUUGGCGGCUCUUUCUCCUGCUCUGGCAUCCAGCUCUUGGGGCGCAGGCCCGGCCGCCGCGGCGCGCGCCCGGUGGCCGUUGGCGCUCGCGCCGCGUCUUUCUUCUCGUACGCAGAACUCGGGCGGCGGCCUAUGCGUUUGCGAUUCGACGAGGAGUCGUCCGGGUGGUCGGCGGUGGCGGGCAGCUGCUCCGCCCCGCUCCGGGGGAGGCGGCGGCGGCAGCGGCCGCGGGAUUUGGAGCGGCCGGGGAGGCGGGGGUGGCCGGGGCCGGCUUGGAGGCCUGGCGCCACCCUUCGGGGCCUGCAAGGACCCAGUUGGGGGGGCAGGAGGGGGCCGGAGGAUGGUUGGUUGUGGGAUUUCUACUUUGCCUUUUCCUCCUUAUGCCGCCUUAGUGAGGGGCGGGAGCUCUGGCGGCAGCCCCGGGGUGGGGAGACGAGCUCCGGAGUCGGAAGAGCUGGGUUUUCUUCCGGGCCUAGCCACCAGUUGGCGGAGUGACCUUAGGCGAGUCACUCUGUAAUUUGUCUGCGCCUCAGUUUCCUCCUCUGCCUAUCAAUGUGUGUGGGGUUGAAAUCGCUUUGUAAACUAUAAAGCGUGGGUGUACGUAAA